AUGACUAUAAAUGGUGAUUGUCAACCUUUCAGUCAACUUGAAGAACUAUGCGAAGAGAAAGUGACUCAAAAUGGGUGUGCGAAGUGUAAAAAUGGGUAUUACCGAAUAAAUGGAAAUGAGUGUAAAAAGUGUAAUUCAAAUUGUUUUACGUGUUCUAUAGAAAAAGUGUGUACUUCAUGUUAUGCUAAUCAUUUGUUAAAUGAAAACAACAUUUGUAAAAACGUGUCAGAAGUAUCAAAUUGCGUCAGAAUUGAAAACUCAAAAUGUGAAAAAUGUGUGUUUUGGUACACUCCAAGUAAAAAUGGAAUGUAUUGUCAAGAGGCGAUUAUUUGGUGGGUCAUUUUGAUUAUCGUUUUAUUUAUUAUCUUUGUAACAAUAUUCUUAGUUAAUGGUAUUGUGCUUGCGUCAAAAUUUAUUGAGAAAAAAACGAAACAACAAUUAACAACACAAACAACUGUAUUUAAAAUGAGUCACUCUAAUAUUUCCUUUGUUUCUAUUGGACAUGGUCUUGUUGUCAACAAAACUCUAAUUUUAUUUGGUGAUUUGGAACAUUUAAUUAAAGUUGGUGUCGACACCUGCGAGUUGAUAUGUGUUGGAAACUCAUCAAAACACCAUUUAAAAAUUCAAUUUUCAACAAAAGAAAACAACGAAAGAUUAACAAUUAAAACAAUACCACAAGUGGUUUCCCUUUUAAGAGGUCAAGCAGUUGAAGUUGAGAUUCAUAUACAUCCCAACUGUUCAUGUAAAAUUCAUGACAUAAUUGCGCUUUUUACAAAGAACUUAAAAAAUGGAAUUACUAAAGAAUAUGCUAUAAAUCUAAAUAUUAUCACUGAAAUAUCAACACGACUUGAUCCAGAUGAGUUGGUUGCAGAGAAGAAAUUAGGCGAAGGAUCAUUUGGUAUUGUUUACAAAGGAAAUUUUAGAGGAAACGUAGUCGCCAUAAAGAAGAUGAAAGAAUUCAAAGAAAUUGAUAAUGAAAUGGAUGAAUUUAUAAAGGAAGUUGCUAUGUUAGACAAAUUUAGAAGUGAAUUUAUUGUUUACUUCUAUGGUGCCGUUUUUAUACCAACUAAAGUGUGUUUGGUUACUGAAUUUGCACAUUAUGGGUCUUUACAAGAUUCAAUAAAACACAAAACAGGUGAUGAAGUAAACAUAGAUAUGCGUAUAAAAAUAAUGUUAGACGCUUCCAAAGGCAUUUCAUAUCUUCAUGAUAAUGGAAUAUUACACAGAGAUAUCAAGCCAGACAAUAUUCUUGUUUUUUCAUUCAAUUUGAACGACAAAAUAAAUGCUAAAUUGACCGACUUCGGAUCAAGUAGAAACAUCAAUCUUUUGAUGACUAAUAUGACAUUUACAAAAGGUGUUGGUACACCAAGUUACAUGGCUCCUGAAAUUGUAAUUAAGGAAAAAUACACAAAAAGUGCCGACAUUUAUUCAUUUGCUAUUACUAUGUUUGAAGCAUUUAGUUGGAAGGAAGCUUAUCUAAUCAAAGAUUUUAAAUUUCCUUGGAAAAUAGCUGAAUUUGUAACAGCAGGGAAACGCCUUAAAAGAAGAAAAAAACAUUCCAGAAAUAUUUUUUAA